CUCUCGUCCCCCAGUCCCUCCGCUUUCUCUCCUGCCUGAACGCCGUGGACAAGAAGGCAGGCGCCGGGUCCCGCCCGCGACGUAGACACCACCUGGGGGGAGGAGUUGGGAGAGCAGGUGACGCUCUAGGCGAGCUCGUUCGCGUCUCUAUGGUGCCGAGCGCUCCUUUGCGCCUCUCCCUUGCGUCGGGGCGGACGUUGCCCCUUUAAUCGGCGGAGGGCGGUGCCGAGGAGGUCCCGCGAGAGCAGCGGGGGGGCGGUGCCGAGGCUGGGGGCCCGUGGCGGGAUGGAGCCCGCGAUGGAGCCGGAGACUCUGGAGGCGCGAAUCAGGGAAAUCGGUGUGUGCCCAAGAGGCUGAGAUGCAGUGCAACAGCAGGCUUGGGCCCCCUGAUGAAGAUCAGAGCUGGGGGCCACACAGGAGAGAGCUGAUCCAGCAGUGCCACCCUGGGCAGGAGCCAGGGUUAGGGAAGACUUCGUGGAGGAGGUGAUACCUGAGCCGCACUCCUCACUAAGACAGAGCCACAAAUCCCCUGAACAAGGAGCUGAAUUGGGCCAGCAUCAACGGCUUCUGCGAACAGCUCAACGAGGACUUUGAGGGGCCUCCACUUGCCACCCGGCUGUUGGCUCACAAGAUCCAGUCACCACAGGAGUGGGAGGCGAUCCAAGCCCUGACGGUGCUGGAAACCUGCAUGAAGAGCUGCGGCAAAAGGUUCCAUGACGAGGUGGGCAAAUUCCGCUUUCUCAACGAGCUCAUCAAGGUCGUGUCUCCCAAGUACCUGGGCUCACGGACAUCAGAGAAGGUGAAGAACAAGAUCUUGGAGCUCCUCUACAGCUGGACGGUCGGCCUGCCCGAGGAGGUGAAAAUUGCAGAGGCCUACCAGAUGCUGAAAAAGCAGGGGAUUGUGAAGUCUGACCCCAAGCUUCCAGAUGAUGCUACCUUUCCUCUUCCUCCUCCACGACCCAAGAAUGUGAUCUUUGAAGACGAGGAGAAAUCCAAGAUGCUGGCCCGCUUGCUGAAGAGUUCCCACCCCGAGGACCUCCGAGCAGCCAACAAACUCAUCAAGGAGAUGGUGCAGGAGGACCAGAAGCGGAUGGAGAAGAUCUCAAAGCGGGUGAGUGCCAUUGAGGAGGUGAACAACAACGUGAAGCUGCUGACAGAGAUGGUGAUGAGCCACAGCCAGGGCGGAGCCUCAGCUGGCAGCAGCGAGGACCUCAUGAAGGAGCUGUACCAGCGCUGUGAGCGGAUGCGGCCGACGCUCUUCCGACUGGCCAGUGACACGGAGGACAAUGAUGAGGCCCUAGAGCCCCCAUCUUCCUUCAGCCUGGUCUCUCCCCUCCUGCCUGUUCCAGCCGAGAUCCUGCAGGCCAACGACAACCUCACCCAGGUGAUCAACCUGUACAAACAGCUGGUGAGGGGUGAGGAGGUCAACGGCGAUGCCGCAGCCGGCUCCGUCCCUGGGAGCACCUCAGCCCUGCUGGACCUCUCCGGCCUGGAUCUCCCUCCUGCGGGCACCACCUACCCAGCCGUGCCCACCUGCCCUGCUGACCUGGCCAGCCCCGAGCAGCCUAGCACCUCAGUUUCCCUGCUUGAUGACGAGCUCAUGUCUCUGGGCCUAAGUGACCCCACACCCCCUCCAGGCCCAAGCUUGGACGGUGCUGGAUGGAACAGCUUCCAGUCCUCUGAUGGCGCGGAACCCCCAGCCCCGCCUCGGGUCCCCGACACGGACAGCCAGGCCUCCGUGCAGACGUCCCUGCCAGCGAGCAGUGGUCUGGAUGACCUGGACCUCCUGGGGAAGACCCUCCUGCAGCAGUCACUGCCCCCGGAGUCCCAACAAGUGCGGUGGGAGAAGCAGCAGCCGGCCCCCCGGCUCACACUUCGGGACCUGCAGAAUAAAAGUAACUGCAGCUCGCCCAGCUCCGGGGCCACUGGCCUCCUCCACGCCGCGUCCCCCGAGCGCCCCGGGCCUCUGCAGCAGCCCACGGCGACUGAGCUCUCGCUGGCCAGCAUCACUGUGCCCCUGGAGUCCAUCAAACCCAGCAGCAUCUUGCCGGUGACGGUGUAUGACCAGCAUGGCUUCCGGGUCCUCUUCCACUUUGCCCGGGACCCGCUGCCCGGGCGCUCCGACGUGCUGGUGGUGGUGGUGUCCAUGCUGAGCACUGCCCCCCAGCCCAUUCGCAACAUCGUUUUCCAGUCGGCUGUGCCCAAGGUCAUGAAAGUGAAGCUGCAGCCACCCUCAGGCACAGAGCUGCCGGCGUUUAACCCCAUCGUCCACCCCUCAGCCAUCACCCAGGUCCUGCUCCUCGCCAACCCCCAGAAGGAGAAGGUUCGGCUCCGCUACAAGCUUCUCUUCACCAUGGGCGACCAGACCUACAACGAGAUGGGAGAUGUGGACCGGUUCCCCCCCCCCGAGACCUGGGGGAGCCUCUAGAACAGGGAGGGGCUGGGCAGAGGAGGGGCCACAGGACUGGGCACCGUCUAGCCUGGGUGGGGGGCUGUGGUGGCCUAGGGGCACCCUUUGGUCCCGUGGCAAUGUCCCCCGGGCCUGGUGCUUCUCCCCGCACCCCUGCAGCCCCCUCCUUCCUUGCCCCCUCCCCUGCGGAGCUGAACCCAGCAGGAGGCCGGGCCUGGGUUUGCACUGCUGGGGACCUUCGCCACAGCGGGGAGCCUAUAGCCGGGAACAGCUGCGUGGCCCUGGAAGGACUUGGGGUCAUGGGGGAGAAGCAUGGCUGUCGGGCAGGGGCCAUGACCUCAGGCCCAGCCCUGACCCCAGCCUGGAGUGGGGUCAUCCCCACCUGUCUCUUAUGCCUUAUGGGAAGGCCCAGCCAUAACUCGGGGGGCUAUGCUGGUGCGGGAACCAGCUCAGGCCUCCUCCAUAGGAACCGGGUGACUGGGGGGGGGGGGGGUGACGUGUACACCCCCAGCUCUUUGCACUCUCUGGUGUGUGGUUUGACUCUGCUUUUCCUUCUCAGUGGCCCUGUGGUCACCAUCUCAGGAGGCCCAGUUGGGGGAGCCCCACCUGUCCCCCACUCCUUGUGGGGGUUUCACUCCACCCGCCUGCCCCCUUUGCCGUCAGGCCUCCUGAGGGGCUGUGGGGGCUGUGACUGCUGGCCCGGAGGUCGUGGCAGACCUGGGUGCCCCGGCUGGGGGCUCCGGGGCCCCUGGCCAAGGGAGGUCCUGCACUGGAGUUCUCAGCCUCUGCCGGAGCCUCCUGUGGGCGGCUCACCUCUGCCCAUCCGUCUGUCUGUGGGCCGAGUGGGGUCAGUGUGUGAGUGAGAGCAGGAGUAUUUAUGGAAAUAAAACGUCCUUUUUCCUGGACCAGCUGCCCUCCGGGC